GGCAGAUGUUCCAUGAGGGAGGUGGAGGGGAGCGGGGAAGGCUUGAUGUGCUCGGGGGUGUAAAAUGCUUAUACAGGUCUCCAACUCCUUGGAGCCUUGUCAGCCAAAAAGUCCCUUCAUUUUUUUCUUGGGAGCACAAGGGGAGUCACAGGGAUGAGGUUGGAAUGCUCUGGUGGGGAUCAGGCCACAGCUUCACCCAGGAAAGGGAAUUGUGGCCAUUUUGGUGAUCUCCUGUGAGGUGUUUCCAAUCCCAGCUCCCCACGCCCUCCCGGGACUGGGGCUGCUGCUGCUCUCCCCCACAGGGCAGUGUGGGAUAAGGGGACAGCCCGCAGUGGCCGUGUGCCCACGUGCCCAACUGGCACAGGGCAGAGGAGCUUUGGGGAAGGGGUUCCAAGAGGAGAAGGAAGGAGGCAACACAAAGUUAUCAGAGCCUCUGUGCUCUGCCCCUCCUGACCCUGCUGGGCAGGACCCCAGGCCACCACAUCCCCAAGGCCAGCCCCAGCUCUGCACACGGCCUUAGCCUGCAGGAGAGGUGACCCUGAUGUCCCUGUCUGCUGCCUGUGCCUGUCCCCUGGUGCUCUGCCACCCAUCCCUGGCAUCCACUACCCAUCCAUGACACCCACCAUCCCCCCAAGGCACCCACCAUCCAUCCCUGGCACUCACCCUCCAUCCCUGCUCCUGCACCCUCCAUCCCUGCUCCUGCACCCUCCAUCCCUGCUCCUCUACCCUCUAUCCCUGCUCCUCUACCCUCCAUCCCUGCUCCUCCCUCCCCAUCCCUGCUCCCACCACCCACCCCAGCCCCUGUGAAGCUCCUGGAGCAGGAGCUGCAGGAUCUCCUCCCUGGCUGCUGGACACAUCCAAGGGGCCAUUCCUGCUUGGGAUCCAUGUGGGAGGAAGGUUUGCAGCUUCUGAGAGGAGGGAGGGCUUUGGGGCCAGCAGAAGUUUCAAACCAGGUUCUCCCUCUCUCCUGAAGAAGGGGAAGGCAAAAAUGGUAUUUUGACAUUUUUCAUGGUCCUGUUCCUCAUUCCAACAACCUCUGGAAGAGGAAAUGACAACCAGCUUAAGAAAAGACAAGAAAAAGGAACUUGAGCUCUGUGUGCACACAAAGAAAACAUUUAAAUAAAGGGGGAGGGGACCUGCAUUCCACAUUUGCUUUAUUUUUUUGAACUCAAGAUUUUCCUAAGUAGUAUUGGGAAAAGAAAUUGCUGCCUUGUGGGAAAUGGGGCUGUUUUGAUGUUUUUCCCCACUGGAACUGGGCUGAAAAAUUGAUCUCCAGGGAGGAGGAAUUUUUUGCCUGAGGGAGAAACCAGAAAGGCAAAGUCACCAUUCCGGGGGUUUUGAUGUGGCAGGUUCUGGGGUCGGGGCUGCUCAGCCCAAUCCCCCACAGGAAACACGAGCAGGGGUUUAUUCCUGAACCCUUUCAGAGCCCAAUUUUCCUGGAAACUGAGAUUUCAUGGAAAAAUCCAUCUCCACAAAAAUGCACCUGAUUUGGGGUUGCUCCUUUUCCUUGAAUACACUUAUUUAUAGGAAAAGUGUCCUUGUUGUGCUCGGGAUGAGAACCUGGCUCAUUUGAUCCCCAGGAAAGACCUUGGAUCAAAUGGAUCAAAUUUGCUGGGGAAUGGUGGCAUGGAAAAGCAUCUCAGUGAGGUCUCCUCUGAACAAGGUGGGGAGAACCAGGCAGGGAAUGGCUGGAGUGAGCUGGGAGCUCUCAGGGCCUCAGGGAGACAGUGGAGAGCCAAUUCCCUGAUGUCACCUGGUUUUUCUGGGAAUAUUCCCCUCUUUCUGUGACCCCCAGACCUCGAGCUCCUGCUGGGCCAUCCCCUGGGCUUGUCCAAACACCCAGACCUGCUCUGCUUGUUCUGUCCCUGUGCUCCCCCUGAGCAUCUCCACUCCCAGGGAAAACCCAGCCUUGUCCAGCUCCUCCUCUGCUGGAUUUGGGGGUGGUUUUUCCUUCCCACCAGGAGGACAGGACCCUGCUCCUCAGCUUUCUGCCAGUGCAAACCAGGUUAAACCAAGCUCCAGGUGCUGCUGGAGGUGCUGGUGGUAGCAUCCCUCUUUUCCAGGAGGUCCAUCCUCCCCAUCCGCUGCCUUUCCAGGGCUGGGGAGAGGUUUGGGGUGGCCCAGCCCAGCCCUGGGAGUGCUGGCACCCGAGGGCAGCACGUGGGCAGAGCACACCUGGAGCAGGGGGGAUUAUCCACGUUGAUGUCCGGGAAAACCGUGGCUGGGAGGGAUCCCCAGGAUUAUUUUAAUCUGCCCUGCACUGAGCACUCAGCAGCUCUUCUCAUCCUGCUGGGAGUGAGAGCUGGAUGGAGUUUGGGAUGGGUUUGGGAUGGGAUUUGAGGUCCUGAUGUCCCGAGGGGUGCGCAGGCAGCAGAUCCCUGUGGAUGCCUGGGGCAGGGCCUGCUCUCCUUGCAGAGCUCAGCACACACCGAGGAAUGUUCCCAUGAAAAGCUCCCAGCUCCCCAAGGGUGUUUUCCCCAAGAGGGAACAUAACCCAGCCUCUCAUUUCGAGAUUCCCAGAAAAUCCCUCAUCCCAAAAUAAAACCCCUGGUGGGAGGGAGGCAGAGCAGGAGCUGGGGCUGGCUCUGCCUUCCCAGGCAGGCACCUGCCCACAAAUUGCCGGUUGCUCCUCACAAAAACUGAGCUUAAGGAAAAGCCGAGCCCCAUCUGUCUCCAGCAGGCACUUCUGCCACCCCUGGAGAACAUCUGGAAGCACUUUGCGUCCUCGGUGUGGCUCCAGCCCCUCUCCAGGGGGACCCUUUGGGGGCAGAGGUUCCCAAAGCUGAGCUCUCCCCGUCCAUGGAGCAGCUCAAUCCCAUGGACUGGGAAGAGGACAGGGAGGGGCCUGUGGGGUCAGAGAGGCCAGAGGGGGGCACAAAAAUCCCAUUCCCAGUCCUGAAAUCCCAUCCUGCCAUGGGAGACUCCACAAAAACCCAAGGGAUUUGUUGGAAUGUGGCAAUAGAAAGGAUUUGGUGAUGGAGGAGCAGGAGAGGGGAGAAGCAGCUGGAAGUUGGAACCAGCCUCUCCCUCUCUCAGAUAACCAGGAAAUGCUUUGGCUUGGUGAAGACCUCAAAGCUCAUCCAGUCCAUUCCCACCCCCUGCCAGAACCAGGGACAAUUUCCACCAUCCCAGGCUGUUCCAAGCUCCCUCCAACCUGACCCAAAUCUUAUUAAUUUUAAAAAUAACCCCCCCAAAAUUCCCUUUAAUGACAUGGGCAUCCAGCACCAGGAAAAACUACUGGAGAGAGGGGAGAUUUUACCAUUCCUGGUGCAGAAACUGCAGCCUGGAUGCUUUGUUUGGGAAGGGUUUAACAAAACACGGGUUUAGGCUCAGCUUAACAGCUACAGCUGCUGUGUUCUGACCACAGAGAGGCCUCUGGGGCUCCUUCCUGGGGCUAUGGGGAGCAGGAGAGGGAAAGCAGAUGAGUUUGGGUCUUUUGGGACUUUUGGGAGCCCUUGGAUGUGUUGGAUUCCGGUGAGUGCUGCAGAAUUUGCCAAAUAAUUCUUGUCCAGCCUGCGCAGACAGUUUGUGCUGAGCUGAAGCAGGCUGGACUUGGGGAUGGCCAGGUGGUUUUCUUCAAAGGCCCUGGCAGUCCAAAAAGUUUUCCUUCAUUCCAGGUGAUGGAUGGCUGGGAAUUAUGCUCCCCCCGCUGCUCCGGGAGGGCCGGGCAGGAUCUGAGGGAAGGAUGUUCCUGCAAAUAACCUAAACCAAAUUCCACCUAAAUCACUUUGGAGUCAGAGCCCAACCUCUGCAUCCCAAAUGUUUGCUGCCCGUCCUUUCCCUACUCCAGGAUAAAUCCCGGCAGGAUGAAUCCACAGGGAUGCAGAGCCCAACAGCAUCCUUAAAGGAUUAACCCUUCCUUCACCCCCACCCUAAAAACUCCUAUCAGGAAUAAAUUUCAGGUCCCUUCCCACCCAAACCAGUCUGGGAUUCCAUGAUCUGGAAUUCUGAAGGGAGAUGGAGCCUGGCCUUGUCCUGUCCCAUCUUUCCAAGGAUCCCUGUGGGAAGCAGGGAGGAGGAGCACCUUGUUCCCUGGACAUGAUAUCCCUGGAAUGUUCCUCCCAGGGAAGAACAGCCCCUUCCCACCAGGAGCAGGCAUGAGGGGCUGCAAAUUCUGGGGCCGUUUCACAAAAAAAACCACCUGAAAAAUCAGAUUUUCCCCUCAGAAUUCAGCUUUUGAGCUCCCAUACACUCAGAACCAUGGAAUAUUCCGAAUUGGAAAAGACCCACAGGGAUCAUCCAGUCCAGCCCUUCAGGAAUGGCCCCUACAGGGAUCAGGGUUUGUUUGGCUUUGGGUUGGGGCCCUUUCCGGGACAAGAGAGGGCCCAGCCCCGAAAACCCAAACAAAGCCCAAAUGUUUAAGGCUCAAAGAUGAAAAGAAUAAAUAAAGGAAACUAGGGAAAAAAAAAAAAAAAAAAAAAAAGAGAGAGAGAGAGAGAGAAAUCAAGUUUUCCUUAUCCCAGCCUUGUGCUGUGGGAUUGGCCAGACAGGGAGUGGUUUUUGGGAUCAGAUGAGGAAAGCACGGAGCCAGGGAAACUUUGGGAGAAGCGAAAGGGACAACAAAACAACCCCGAAAUUGGGCUUGUGCCUGUCCCAGCUCGCCCUGCCUCAGUUUCCCCAGGCACAGCGUGAGGAAAGGAGUCGCUGGAGGUCUCUACUGGAAUGUUCUGGAGAGCAGAGCUCCCCGUGGAAAGGACAUUCCAAGAGUCAGCUCUGGGAUGUGGGGAAGUCCUUGCUGUCGUGAAACACAGCCCGCCCACAUCUGGAGCCCCAAGCACCGAGAGAGCCGUGGACUAUUGUUCUAAAAUCACGGAAUGGUUCGGACUGGAAAGGACUCCAGAGCUCAUCCAGCUCCAGCAGGGACCCCCUCCACUAUCCCAGGCGUUUCCAAGCCCCAUCCAACAACUCCCCCUCGCACUCCAGCUGUUCUAAACCAGGCGGGAUAAAGAAAACCCGGCCGAGUUCCAGUGCUUGGCCUCACCUGGGGAUCCCCUCCUUAGAGCUCAGGCUUCUACCCAAAAAAAACCCGGGAUAAACCCAAAUCCUUCCCCUCUCCGGCAGAACAAGGGAUUAGAGCUGCUUUGGUGCCGUCCCCUCUCCCUGGAAUCGCUCCCUGAGCACAGCCAUUAUUCCCAUUAGUCCCUAAUUUGCUGUUAAUGGCCCGUUUUAAUCAGCUCCGAGGAUUAAAUGCCAUUGAGGAGCCAGGGGAUUCCAGCUGCAGCGAUCCUGAGCAGGGAUGUGUGCGCGGGGAGGGUUUGAGGGUGAGAGAAUGGGACAGGGGACAGGGACAGGGAGACAGUGCCAUUUCAGGAGCAGAGUCUGCGUUCAGCUGACAGAGGAGAGGAGUAAACAGGAAAUCGUUUCGCAACCUCCCGCCACCAAAGCCUCCCCUGCUCCCCUCCGCCGCCGCGCACCCCAAGGGCUUCCCAGGAAAGGGGAGUAUUCCCUGGAUCCCGGGGUGCCUCGGCUCCCACGGCAUCCCCUUGGCGUGUAGGGGGUGCAGCAGCAAUCCUGGCACCCUAAAAAUCCCCGUGUCCGGGGAGGGGGAGCCCAGGAGCUGCCGCGGGCUCCCCAUCACUGCGGGAGCUCCCAGCAGGGCUUUGGGAGCGGGCAGAGCCCCCCUGGCCUUUGGCACUCCCGGGUUUUCCUGCAGCACUCGCACCUUUCAAAUGCUCAGCUGCUUUCCCGGCUGCUCGUCCCUAUCCCUGGCAAUGUCCCAUCCCCUCGUCCCUGUCCCUGGAAUGUCCCGUUCGCCUCCAGCCGCUUUAAGGGAGCAGCUCCAAACCCCAGGGGAGCCAGGGCGGGGCCAGUGCUUUCCGUUUGAUUCCCAAAUUAUUAAUGUCCUUUGUGUGCCCGGAGGGGAUUUAACACAACCCCCGGGGAAACACAAAAACUCCAUCAACUCCACGGCUCAGCCUUUUAACCGGAAUUUGGCUCCAGAGGAGCUGAAAUCCCCAGGUGCCGGUUUGGAAGGAUUCCCAAUCUUCCCGAACUCAGUCAAAGGGGCCAGAAAAGCACUUCCAGCAGGAGCGGGCACUGCUGGGCUCUGAUAAGGUGCUGAUGCCAAAUACUCUUCCCAAUUCCUGAAAUUUCCGAGUGGUUUUAAUCCCCUCCACCUCCCAGCAAACCGCAGCCCCUGGAAAGCGCAGCUGCUUCCUUCCAGUGGGAUUAAUUUGUAUUUGGAUGAGGAAUGAGGUUUUGGCACCAGGGAUCUCCACCGUGAGCCGUUCCCCUCCCUCCUUCCGUCCCUCCCUCGCUGGAGCUGAGGUCAUCCAGCAGUGCCACGGAAAUGAAGGACAAACUGACCUGGCCUCUGUCACUCCGAGCCUUGGCAGGAGCCAGGGAUCCCCUCCGUGCUCCGAGGUUUAUUCCCAGGUUUGUUCCCAGGUGUGCUCCCAGGUCUGUUCCCAGGUUUGUUCCCAGAUUUGUUCCCAGGUUUGUUCCCAGCUGUGCUCCCAGGUCUAUUCCCAGGUUUGCUCCCAGGUUUGUUCCUAGGUGUGCUCCCAAUUGUGCUCCCAGAUCUGUUCCCAGAUCUGUUUCCAUGUCUGCUCCCAGGUCUGUUCCCAGGUCUGUUCCCAGCUGUGCUCUCAGGUCUAUUCCCAGCUGUGCUCCCAGGUUUGCUCCCAGGUUUGUUCCCAGGUGUGCUCCCAGUUGUGCUCCCAGAUCUGUUCCCAGAGCUGUUCCCAUGUUUGUUCCUGGGUUUGCUCCCAGGUUUGUUCCCAGGUCUGUUCCCAGGUUUGUUCCCAGGUGUUCUCCCAGGUUUUCCGGUGGGUACCCCAGAGGUGUGGGCUGGUGUCCCUGGCUGAGCAUCGCCUCCUUUCCACCUCGGGAUCUGCCCCUUCCACAUCCCCUGCUCGUGUUCCCACUGAUUCCUGCAGCAGCAGCAUGGCCUGGAAUCAUGGAAUGGUUUGGACUGGGAGAGACCUUAAAGCCCACCCCACCCCUGCCAUGGCAGGGACACCUCCCACUGUCUCAGGCUGCUCCAAAGCCCCUCAAACCUGGCCUCGGGCACUGCCAGGGAUCCAGGGCAGCCACAGCUGCCCUGGGAAUUCUAUCCCAGCACCUCCCCACCCUCCCAGCCAGGAAUUCCUUCCCAGUAUCUGAUAUCUGAGGCUCGGAGUGGUCACUGUGACCUCCCGUGCUCGUGGACAUCCCAGAUGAGCUCAGCAGCUCCACGUCCUCCCAGAUAAUUAAUUGCAUCUUGGAUGAAAGCGCUGGAGGGGGCUGGGAACAGCUGGAGCAUCUCGGUGUGCUCGGAGCAGGUCAUCCAUGGAAGGUUUUUUUGGUUGGUUUGUUUGUGGGGUUUCUUUUUUCUCCUUUUGUUCCGAAGACCAAAAUCAAACAAAACAAAAAUCCCAAGCCAUUAUUUAAAUAACAGGAGCUCGGUGCCACUGAUUUAAAGGGAUUUAACUCCAGCCUUAAAGCCCGGAGCGCUGCAAUUUCCUGAUUAAUUCUUCCCCCAAAAAACAAGGACAAAGCCCCUCCUGGCCUUGCCCCUGCUCUCCCUGGAUCUUCCCCAGGUGAACAUUCCCAGCUCUCUCCUGGGUCUCUGAAGCUGACUGAAAUCCCACCAAGGUUGAUGACACAUCCCCGGGACAUUCCCAAGGCACAUUCCUGUGUCCUGGUUGUCAUUCUGUCCAUCCCAAUGGAAGUUUCUCCACCAGAGCUGAUCCCAAGGUCCCUUCCCACCCACCUCCACCACCCCAUUAUUCCAUUUCCUCCAUUUUCCUCUUGGCUGUUUCCCCUUUCCCCCUUUCCUGGAUAAUAAAAGCCCUUCAUCCCAGGAUGGCCUCUCGGGAACAUCCCCUUAUUCCAUUAUUUAUAUGCUGGGAAUGAACUCUUGAUUCCAUCCCUCCUUUUCUCUCCCUUAAUAAGCUUUUAAUCCAUGCUGGAAGUUCAACAAUCCCCCCUUGGCUCCAGAGUUUCCUUAAAAGCCUCUUGGAUGGCCUUUAUCCAAAAGCCCUCAGGAAAAUGGAAUAACUGCUCUCCAUUAGCCACGAAUUUGUGGCCUGAACAUAAAACCAAGGGAUUUUUUUCCCCCAUGUUUAUUAGAAGGGUUUUAAUUCUGCUUUUAAUUAUGAUUUCAAUUUAAUUAAUAUACAGCCACAAUUCCGAAAUGGAAUUAGCAAACGUGCUCAGGUAAACCAUUUAUUCCACAGCAAAAUGCACAUUUGGGAUUAAUUAUGACUGAUGCCAAAUUGAUCAUUAAUGAAGCUUUAGGGUUAAUUAGAACCAGGUGCAAAUUUCUCAGGAAGGGUAGGAAACAGUGCAGAAAAUCCCAUUUUUUGGUUAAAAAUGUGUUUAUUUCUACAGCUCCCAAAUGGAACAUGCCAAUUUCCCCCUUCCCAACAAUACUUCAGGAUUAAGGGUAAUUUUCAUCUCCCUCUCCACGUUGUGUUACUGGGUUUCCAAGGAAAACUCCAAUAGCAACCAGCUCCAGACAGGCAGAGUUGCCUCUUUCCAGCCCCCUUUGCUUCCAGCAAAAGCCAUGGAAUUAAUAAAGCAUUUGGGAAUGACUGCAGACUUUCCCUUCUUCCCUACAAGCAGAAAACAGGUUGUUGAUCCCAUUUUACAGCUGAGGCUUUCCCUGGUGCAGAGCAGGAAAUAUUCCUCAGGCUUCCAAGGAGCACAAGGGGGGCUCCUUCGCUUUUCCAGUGGAAAGAACUUGGGUUGUUGUGAUGCCCAGGCUUGAUCUGAUCCCAAAUCCCAGGGAAGGGGAUGCACCAGGACAUUACUGUGUCCCUGCUCCUACAGGACAUCUUGGAUCAAAAUUCCCUUUCCAACAACUCCCAGGUUUUGCUGGUGCAGGGGCACCUCUUGCUGAAAUUGGGAUGGGGUUGAGCUGGAGAACUUUUCCAUGAAUUAAAGGACAGUCAGGUUACUCUCGACUUCCAAAAGGCAGAAGUGUUGGGGGGAGCUCAGAUAUUUUGCCAAAGCACCAUAAAACCUGGCUGGGCUCCUGGCACAUCCAAGGGGAAAAUCCCAGGGAAUGAUUUGUCAUGGGACAGAACCACAGCGCUCAUUUUCCUUCCACCCAUCUCCAGUGGGGGUGUGGAUGUGGAACACAAGAAUUCCAUGAUUUUGGAGCAGGAUCCAGACCCACACACGGGUGCAGAGGUGGAGGGGGUUCAUCAGAAUUCCAUGAUCUUGGAGCACGGAUCCAGAUCCAAACCUUCUUGUUUGUUUCCAGGUCCCAUUGUAAGAGGCCAGCUCUCCAGGCAGCUCUCCAGGCACUGCAGCCUUCCAGGAAGCUCCUGGCUCAGCCUUCCCAUUCCCGAGCCUUCGGAACCGGAGCAGAGCCCCAAAAAACCCAUGUCCUCUUCUGAGCCCAUCCUGGACCUCAAGGGAGACACGGCGGAAGCACUUCCAGAGAACCUGGCAGCAGCAGAGGAGCAGAGCUCCUGCCCACCAGGGGACACUCCGGGGAGUGGACAAUCCCCAGAACCCACGGAACCAAGGCCAGCAGCCCGGGACUCUCCGGUUCCCGAGCAGGUGCCGGGUCCGGCCGGGGACGGCUCCGGGAGCGCCGCUGGGACCCCCGGCCCUGCCCAGCCGGGCCCGGGCACCGCCGCCCGGCCGGAGGAGAGGGACCCCAGGGACCCCAGCCCCACCGAGUCCCCGCCGUGGCCAGAAGCUCCCGAGGAGCCCCCGGCCCGCCCCAACACUCUGGACUUCUCCAAAUCGCUGCGGAGGCCGGAGGAGGGGCAGCCGCGGCGCGGCAGUGACCGGGUCAAGGAGAACGGCGUGGAGGCCACCCCGGCCACCGCCGCGGCCAGCGACGAGCGCCGGGAGCUGCAGUCCGAGCUGGGCAAGUGCAUCGAAGAAUUCCGCAGGAUCCGCAUCCCGGCCGCCUUCCCCAACAAGAAGCGGCAGUGGCAGAGCGAGCUGCUGAAGAAGUACCAGCUCUGAGAGGCGCUCCCGCCUCCCGGCCCGGGAAUUGAUGCUCUCCGGGCUGCUGGCGGCGGUCCCAGCACGGGCAGUGUUGUCCGUGCUCCCAGUGAGGAGCAGAGGGGGCUCACGGAGCCCUCCCCGAUGCUGGAAGGGUCACAAGCCUGUUCCCACCACGCUCACCGAGGGGAUGCUCCACAUCCCCAGAGCCACAGGCACAGCUGGAGGGGACAGGACAAGGAAUGGUGUCCAGGGGGAUGUUCGGGGCCAGCAGAAAUUCCCACAUUUCUGAGACUGAACUUCCCUGGCGUUUCAAACAAUAAAAUUGAGUUGGU